AUGAUGAUAAAGGGUAUGGCAGAAGACGAUUGUGCCGAUAAUGGAAUCCCUCUUCCAAACGUGACAAGCAAGAUACUCUUAUUGGUGAUCGAGUAUUGCAAGAAGCACGUCGUUGAGAGCAAAGAAGAAGAUCUAAAGAAGUGGGACGCUGAAUUCAUGAAGAAGAUGGAACAAUCGAUUCUCUUUGAUGUUAUGAUGGCUGCGAAUUAUCUCAAUAUCCAAAGCCUUCUUGAUCUCACAUUUUCAAACUGUCGCUGA